UCCGCGGCAGCCCCGACUCUGCCUGCUCCUGCCAUGGUGCCACGGCCCUGCCGGGCGAAUGGAGCAGGAUCCCAAGUCGCCCCGUCUGCGGCUUUGGGCCCUGCUCCCCUGGCUGCCCAGGAAGCAGCGGCCCAGGAUCAGCCAGACCUCGCUGCCUGCCUCAGGCCCUGGCUCUGGCCCCCGGCGGGACUCGGAUGAGGGCAUCCUCAAGGAGAUCUCCAUCACACACCAUGUCAAGGCUGGCUCUGAGAAGGCUGACCCAUCCCAUUUCGAGCUCCUCAAGGUUCUGGGCCAGGGAUCCUUUGGCAAAGUCUUCCUGGUAAGGAAGGUCACCCGACCUGAUAGCGGACAUCUAUAUGCUAUGAAGGUACUGAAGAAGGCAACACUGAAAGUCCGUGACCGGGUCCGGACCAAGAUGGAGAGAGACAUCCUGGCUGACGUCAACCACCCAUUUGUGGUGAAGCUGCACUACGCCUUCCAGACCGAGGGCAAGCUCUAUCUCAUUCUGGACUUCCUGCGUGGCGGAGACCUCUUCACACGGCUCUCUAAGGAGGUUAUGUUCACAGAGGAGGAUGUGAAGUUCUACCUGGCCGAGCUGGCUUUGGGCCUGGACCACCUGCACAGUCUGGGGAUUAUCUACAGAGACCUCAAGCCGGAGAACAUUCUUCUGGAUGAGGAGGGCCACAUCAAACUAACUGACUUCGGCCUGAGCAAGGAGGCCAUUGACCAUGAGAAGAAGGCCUACUCCUUCUGCGGGACAGUGGAAUACAUGGCCCCCGAGGUCGUCAACCGCCAAGGCCACACCCACAGUGCAGACUGGUGGUCCUAUGGGGUGUUGAUGUUUGAGAUGCUGACGGGCUCCCUGCCCUUCCAGGGGAAGGACCGGAAGGAGACCAUGACACUGAUUCUAAAGGCAAAGCUAGGCAUGCCCCAGUUUCUGAGCACAGAAGCCCAGAGCCUCCUGAGGGCCCUGUUCAAGCGGAAUCCUGCCAACCGGCUCGGCUCUGGCCCCGACGGGGCAGAGGAGAUCAAGCGGCACGUCUUCUACUCCACCAUUGACUGGAAUAAGCUGUACCGUCGCGAGAUCAAGCCACCCUUCAAGCCAGCAGUGGCUCAACCCGAUGACACCUUCUACUUUGACACAGAGUUCACAUCCCGCACGCCCAAGGACUCCCCGGGUAUCCCCCCUAGUGCUGGCGCCCAUCAGCUGUUCCGUGGCUUCAGCUUCGUGGCCACCGGCCUGAUGGAGGACGACGGCAAGCCUCGGGCCACGCAGGCACCACUGCACUCAGUGGUCCAGCAACUCCACGGGAAGAACUUGGUUUUUAGUGAUGGCUACGUGGUAAAGGAGACGAUUGGUGUGGGCUCCUACUCUGUGUGUCAGCGCUGUGUGCACAAGGCCACCAAUAUGGAGUAUGCCGUCAAGGUCAUUGACAAGAGCAAGCGGGACCCCUCGGAAGAAAUCGAGAUUCUCCUGCGGUACGGGCAGCAUCCCAACAUCAUCACCCUGAAAGAUGUGUACGAUGAUGGCAAACACGUGUACCUGGUGACGGAGCUGAUGCGGGGCGGGGAGCUGCUGGACAAAAUCCUGCGGCAAAAGUUCUUCUCUGAGCGGGAGGCCAGCUUCGUCCUGUACACCAUCAGCAAGACUGUGGAGUACCUGCACUCACAGGGGGUUGUACACAGGGACCUCAAGCCCAGCAACAUCCUGUACGUGGAUGAGUCUGGGAACCCCGAGUGCCUGCGCAUCUGUGACUUCGGCUUCGCCAAGCAACUGCGGGCUGAGAACGGGCUCCUCAUGACGCCUUGCUAUACAGCCAACUUCGUGGCCCCUGAGGUGCUGAAGCGCCAGGGCUACGAUGAGGGCUGUGACAUCUGGAGCCUGGGCAUUCUGCUGUAUACCAUGCUAGCGGGAUACACUCCAUUUGCCAACGGGCCCAGUGACACACCAGAGGAAAUCCUGACACGGAUCGGCAGUGGGAAGUUCACCCUCAGUGGGGGAAACUGGAACACAGUUUCAGAAACAGCCAAGGACUUGGUAUCCAAGAUGCUGCACGUGGACCCCCACCAGCGCCUCACAGCUAAGCAGGUCCUCCAGCACCCAUGGAUCACCCAGAAAGACAAGCUACCCCAGAGCCAGCUGUCCCACCAGGACCUGCAGCUUGUGAAGGGAGCCAUGGCAGCCACGUACUCCGCACUCAAUAGCUCCAAGCCCACUCCCCAGCUGAAGCCCAUUGAAUCAUCUAUCCUGGCCCAGCGGCGGGUGAGGAAGUUGCCGUCCACCACCCUGUGAGGGGCCAGCGCAUCCAGGCCGCAGGGCGGUGCUAGCUCAAUGGAGGCAGCAUACUUCCCAAGGGGAGCAGGCCUGAGUCACAGGACCAGAGGGAGCUGGAGCCCCGAGGGGCCCAGGAAGCAGCCAGCCCAGAUCACCCCCAGUGGGGGCGUGAGAAGUGCCUUCUCCUUCCCCAGGAUGGACUCUUCUCGGCUCAGGCUCUGCUGGUUGCAAUUGAUUCACUGUACAAACUCUUAUCUUUUUUUUUUUUAAGGGAAAAAAUGGCAUCAACCACCAUGGAUUUUUACAAGAUCCAUUUGCCUUUCUGGGAGCAGAAGUAGCCAGUGCAGCCCUGGAGGGGCACUGAGUCAUGCUAGGGCUCUGUGUGGGUGAGACUCCCACAAUUGGCCGUCUGUAGCCAUCUGCACACCUCCGAGGCAGCCCGAGGCAGUCCAGCGUCACCUUCUAGAGCCUUUGGCUGUCUAGAACUCACUCUCCCCAGUCAGCUCCUUUUCCGUUCUGUUCUGCUGGGGGGUCUGGAACCAUGUCCUGCUAGAGGAGAGGACCAAGGCCCCGCCGACUGCCAGCUCCAGGCACCAGCAUCUGAAUCAGCCCCGCCAGUGGGUCCCCUGCAGUCAGGUUGGGCUGUCCCAGGGGGAGGAUCAGGAAAGCACUUUCUGGCUGACUUCUGUUGGGGUCUGCCACAGGACAGAGUUCACAGGAGGCCAGUGGGGCAGGCCAAGGGAGGUAGGGGCUUUUGUUUCGGUGUGUUUUGUUUCUUCCUCAGCUGGUAACUCAGGGUUCAUCUGUCCAUGGCCUUUCUAAUAAACUUACAGUUGAGUUGAAACUCACUGUCCUUCACUUUCUAUCCCCAAACUUGCCUUCACUCUGCUGUCAGGUGUGGAGGACUUUGGCAGCGAUAAGAAAUGGGCCAGGGCCAAUUAGCCGAGCUGCUUGGAGUGCAGGUCAUUUGGGGAGGGUGUGGGAAUCCUGCUGGUCCUGCCCAGCACGUUCCUGCCAAAGGGUCCCGUUAUGGUAUUGCUAACAGUAACGGUAAUAUUAGCCACCAGUUACUGAGAGCUAGGCACUGGGCCUGGGUGUUACUUGUAUAUCUCAUUUAAUCUUAACCCUGUUGUGGUGAGUGCUAUUAUAUUAUUGUCCCUGUUUUAUAGAUGGGGAAGCUGAGGCUCAAAGGAAUUAAAUGCAACAAAUAUCUUUUGAACACGUCUUCUGACCCUGCUCCAGAUGCUGGAGUUAGAAUGGUGAACCAGGUAGAUGUGGGUCUUACCUCCUAGUGGGGGAAACGGACAAUUAGCAAACCCAUGUCAGCUACUGAUAAGACAUGUGCAGAGAGUUAAAUUGGGAUGAGGGAUGGAGAGUGACUUCAGAUGAAGUGGUCAGGGAAGGCCUCUCUGGGGAGGUGACCGAGAAGCUGAGAUCUGAGUGGUGAGAAGGAGCUAGCCAAUCUAAGACCAGGAGGCAGAGGGCAGAGUCAGGGUGAAGGCCCCAAAGGAGGAAACAGGUUGGCCAUGCUCAAGAACCAGAAAGGAGGCCAGUGUGGCCAUAACCUCAGGACGAGGGGCUUUGCACAAGGUGAAGCUGGAAAGGAGGGCAAGGGUCAGUCAUACUGGGCUUUGUAGGUCUGGGUAAAAAGUUAGGGCUUAACUCUAAGUGAGAUGAAAGUCACCCUGGAAGGAAUUUAAUUAAGUAGGGAGAUGACAUGAUUUUUUUGUUGUUGAAAAUACACAAGGCAGAACAUACACCAAUUCAACAGUUUCUGUGUGUUCAAUACAGUGACAUUGACAACAUUCUUCAAAUAUGCAGCCAUUCGUACCCUCAUUUUCCAAUUUGUUCUCCCCAAAUGACAUAAACUCAUUUCUUUCUCAGCUUCCUAUCUGACCUUUUGAGUUGCUGUUAACAAUUUGAUUCCAUAUAGUAAGGUUUUAAAAAAAGAAUACAAGGCUCACUGCAGACAUUCUUCACUAGUUAAGCUAGACUGUGUUUGGUUUAAAGAAGGCUUCAGGGGUUAUUUUUGGUUUAUGGUUUCAGGGUUAAAGAUGAUCUCAGGGCAGUAGUUUCAGGGGCUCAUCUAGCCUCAAUGACUCCAGAAAGUCUGGGUUCCAUGAGAGUUGAAAUCUACAUUUUUAAAAAGAUUAUUCUGACUGCCAUAUAGACAAUUGACUAGGGGAACAGAGGAGGUCCAGGUUUAACCAGGCCAGCAGCAGCUACUGCAGUAAACCAGACAAAAUGUGGUGAAAGAGGAGAUGGGCGAGGGGAGCAGGCAGGGCCAGGAUAUGCUUGCUGGGAGUUUGGAUGUACAGAAUCAGAGAAAAAGGAGAUUCAAGGAUAUCUUCUAAAUUUUUGACUUGAGCAAUUGGAUACUGAAAUAGGGAAGAGCUAGGGAGGAGCAGGUUUGGGGGAAAUUUUUAGAGUUUUGUGGGAGAUGCCUUUUAGAUAUCCCAAUGGAGAUGUCAAAUAAGGGUUGUAAUUAGAAGUUAGGUUCUGGGGAGAGAGCUUGUAGGAAACUGGUAAAGCCAAUCGCCUGGGCUUCUUGAAGCAUGCUCCAUGGACCAGCAGCAUUGGCAUCAUCUGGGAGCUUGUUAGAACUGUGAAUUUCAGGUCCAUCCCUAGACCUCCUUAAUCAUUUUAAUAAGGUCUACACGUGAUCUGUGUGCACAUUAAAGUUUGAGAAGUCCUGUUUUCAGAAACUGAGAGCAGAGAAAAUGCUCACACACUAGCAUUUAGAGAUGGAGCCGAGCAGGGAAGCCACAAAGAAGACUGAGAUAUAACAGUCUGGCAAGAUUCAAAGCCCUGUGAACCAGGCCCUUUGCUUCAGCGACUUCUCAGCCCUCUCCACCUUACAGAUAAGGAAGCCAGAGCCUGCAGAGGUGAGUCAGUCUAGUUAUGAGGGAAGGAGAUUCUGACAAUUGCAGCUCAGCUUUAGCUCUGGACUAAGCAUGCAGGUUCUAAGCAUGCAGGUUCUAAGCCUGGCAGCCUCCCCACAGGAGCAAGGAGGGUAUGUUGGGAGAUUCAAGGAUUCCCCUCAACACCCACUGACACAUGGUCCUGAGCCCCUGACCUGUGUUUCACUUCUCUGGCUCAGUUUCCCCAUUUGUACAGUGAAACCAACAUUUUCUUUCCCACCCACCACCCAAGGUUGUCCACCCUGGACCCAUCACCCCGGCUGAAAUAAUCUGAGUGUCAUCCAGACUCCUUCCCCUCAUUCCCUGUAUCCAGUCUGCCUCCUAAAUAUUUCUAGAAUCCUCCUUCUCACCCUCCCCACCAUCCUAUUUUUCUCUCCUCUUUUUAACUACCUCUUC